UGCGCAUGCGCUGUGGGCGAGUGUGCGGCCCGGAGCCGGAGGGAGAAGGAGGAGGAGGAGGAGGAGGAGGAGGAGGGCGGCACGAUGUCCUGUAGCAUGGCUGGUGAAGAGGACUUUGUUUUGGAAGAAAAAAGAUUCAAGCAGUACUGUGAAGAAUUUAUUAAACGUUCACAGCAAAUAGGAGAUGGUUGGGAGUGGAGAACUACCAAGGACCUUGGUGAUGGUUAUCUUAGUAAAACACACUACCAAGUAAGAAACAGAAACAUCCCACCAGAUCUCAAGGAGAAAAACAAUGAUAACUGUGAACAAAUGUUAUGUACACAUGUUGAAGAGUCUUUGGAUGAUUCUCAAGCAGCUGGAGUUUGUGCAACAGAAGUGAUUCACUAUGAGUAUCAUGUCUUGUACUCCAGCAGCUACAGAGUACCUGUGCUUUAUUUUAGGGCAUGCUUUUUAGAUGGAAGACCUUUAACUCUGGAUGAAAUAUGGAAGAGUGUUCAUGCAUGCUACCAGGCUCGUCUGCUGGAGGGGCCCUGGGACACUAUUACACAGCAGGAGCACCCCAUACUUGGGCAGCCGUUUUUUGUUCUGCACCCCUGCCGGACUAAUGAAUUCAUCUCUUCUGUACUGAGCAGUUCACGGAAACACGACAGACACAUAAAUUACAUCACUUUGUGGCUUAGUACUGUAGGCCCAGUUGUGGGUCUAAAUCUGCCCAUGAGUUAUGCAAAACUAGCACCAGAGCAGAAUACAAAUGCUGAUUCAGUUGAAAGCAGGGGAGAACAUGGGCUGCGCAUAGCCUGAAAAAGAUUUGUCAAACUGUGGAAACGAACUAAUCCUUCUUUCCUUUGCACCUGAUCCAAAUCAAAAUCCUGAACUGAAUUUUGGUGGGUUCCAGCCAGGUCUCACUCCACCAAAGGUCUGAUUGCUUCUUCACGGUUUGUAAAGGUUCAUUCCCAUGCAUCCAGCAGUCAAGUGGUGUUAGCUUCAUAUGAUUAGCCAAGUGCUUUAGUAUUUACUAAUAUGCUUCACUAAUGAAGUAGAAACAUGGACUGCCAUGUCUGCUGCACAAGUUCAUGUCUUCCCUGAUCUCUGUGGAUUCCCCUCCAUUUGGUUUGUGUAACACGUAGUUUCAAUGCUUCUUCGUUAGGCUUAAAACCCCUCUAACACUGAUGGGGUUUGGCUUGGCUCAUCUCCCUUUGACAUUUUUCUAGUGCCCAGAUAACACAAGUUAUUCCUGGGUGCUGACAGAAUCCAUGGACAUGUUUGCUAGAAGAAUCCUGGUACCCGAGUGUUGACUAGAUGUCACGUGCUAAAGGUGCUUGUAAAACAAAUAAUAAAACGCAAUUCAAAAUGUG